AUGCGUCUCACUGCUGCCGCACUCCUCUCCGCUGUGGCGGUCUCUGCCCACCCCAAUCCCGGCGACAAGCUCACCAAGCCUCCCGUGCACCCCAACCUCGACUACCUCGAGGCUGGCUUGGAGAAGUACCUCCCCGAGACCAGCUACACUCUGCACGAGUGGAACAAUGGAUACAUCCCUGAAGGAUGCAAGAAGGUUGUGACCGGCGGUGUUGACUCUGGCACUCACUUCAACCCUGCCGACAUCCAGACCUUUGACGUCAAGUACGCCGAUUGCGGCGACCCCUGGGUCUUCUGCCACCACCGCAACUCCAACGCCUCCAUCGACACCAUGGCUCGCCAGUUUGGCAAGCUGCCGAUCCAGAUGCGCCAGUGGGUGCGCCACGUCAUCGACCUUCCCGACAAGGGCCGUCACGCGUACGAGUACGACGGCACCGUGACCUUCUUCGCCGCCGGCGAGAACAUGAUGACCGUCAUCGCCCACGAGACGAGCCACUCGCUCGACCUCAGCGGCGCGUACCCGGACAAGUCGCUGUCCAACUCGGACCGCUGGUGGAACGAGUACGACCAGGACUCGCACGUGCCCGACCCCUACAGCGCCAGCAACGCCAUCGAGGACGUCGCGCAAAACACCGUCGUCGCCAUCCACGACAGCAACGUCCCCGGCGGCUACCCCAGCGUCGAGCCCAACUGGAGCGGCAUCGUCCACCAGCUGCACCUCGUCGAGGCCGAGGCCCGCGAGGCCGGCGAGGGCAACUCGAUCCUGAUCCCCGGCCACAACAAGCAGUGCACCCACCGCAUGCCCGCCAGCAAGCCCGUGCCAAUCAACGGCAGCGGCAAGCGUCGCGGUGCGGCGCCGGAUGUCAGCCUCAAGUCGGACGUCAAGGUCAUUGAUACGUCGGACCGCAAGCAGAAGCACUCUGGCUGCACCAUGACUUGGUAA